AUGGCUCUUACUAGUUCAUCUUCCUCAUUUUCAAGCUGUGAAGAGCAUAUAAAUAAUUGGGAAAAUUUGUGUGAUAAAUUUUACACAGAAAACAAUGAAUUGAUAGGAUCAGUCGUUAGCUUAGUUGAAUUUGCUAUUCGUUCGGAAGGAGAAGUGAGGAUAAAUUGGACUAUUAUUGAUAAAAUAGACGACGAUUCUGCAGCUAAAAUAAGCCAAAUGCUCGCCCAAAUUGGAUUUAUUAAUGAUGUAAUGAUUCAUCCAGAAUAUUAUGAAUCCUAUCUUGCCACUAAACGAAAAAUAAGAUCAGAUUGGCAUAGGAAAAAAGCAGCAGAACUUUAUCAAGAGUUUGAUCGAUUACUUCAUUCGCCUACCACGCAAUAUACACAGCUUCAUCGUCGAUCUGAACUUCAAACUUUUCUUAAUCAAUAUAAAUCUUCGGUGGGAGCGGCUUCUUUCAUCAAAGGUCUUUGGCAUGCAUUACGAUUACAAAUAAAUCAUGAAAAUCUCGUUUCCUGGACAUUUUUGGAUGACAUUUUCACACAAAAUGAACCGGAUUUCAUGCGAGCAUCGGUGAACUUGUUGAUUAAUGUAUUAGGUUUUACGCAUACAAUACAAGUUGCUGAUGAAAGUGGACAGCGAGCGAGUAUGCGUACUUGGUAUUUAAAUAGCACUUUGAGUGAUCAUGAAAUCAAAUCAUUUAUUAAAUUAUUUCCAAAAGAUAACAUUACUGAUAGUGUUCUAGCUACUGGAACCAUAGACUUAUCCUCUCAAUUACGAUCAUUAGAAAUGGUCAACAACUCAAAAUCCACAAUUGCCCGUUUGAUUUCAUUACCCAUCGGAAUUUUUACGUUCUGUUUGAAUACCUUAAAAUCCUGUGUGAAAUUUUGUUUUG